AUGAGCGCCGGGUGUCUGCGGGAUGCUCGCGGGGCGCUCGGCGGCGUCGAGCCGGACAGCCCGGUGCCCGGAGCCGGCAGCCGCGAGCCGCGCUCCGGCAGCGACAUCGUCCAUCCCAUCAAGGUGGACGAGCGCGGAUCCUUCCUGUCCUACGACUUGUCGCACCGGGCCCUUCAGCGGAGGUCUCCGGCCUCCAGGAGCAAGCUUCCCGCCUUCUACGAGCUGCAGUACAGAGGGCAGCCCCUGAAAUUCAACCUGAGCCUCAACAGGCACCUCCUGGCCCCGGGCUUUGUCAGCGAGCGGCGUUUCGGGGGCAUUGCCGGUGCCAAGAUCCAGCCGCGCUCCUCCGACUCGUGCCACAUGAUCGGCGAGGUGCGGGGCCGGGCGCUGCAGGGCGGGCUGGCUGCCCUCAGCACCUGCGAUGGCCUGAAGGGCGUGUUCCAGCUCAUGAACGAGGACUAUUUCAUCGAGCCCGUGUCCAGCAGCCCCCGCGAGGAGGGAGCAGCGCAGCCCCACAGGAUCUACAAGCGCCAGGUGCCCAAGGCCAGGGCUGAGCAGGGCAGGAGAGCCCCGGCCCCGCGGGCGUCCUGCGGCGUGCCAGCAUUUCCACGGUCUGAGAGGCGCAGGGAGCGGUGGGAGCAGAAGCAGGGCAGGAGGAGGAGGAGGAUCAGGCAGCGCUCCAUCAGCAGGGAGAAGUGGGUGGAGACGCUGGUGGUGGCAGACACCAAGAUGGUGGAGUUCCACGGCAGUGCCAACAUCGAGAAGUACGUGCUGACCGUCAUGAACAUGGUGGCGGGGCUGUUCCACCACGCCAGCAUCGGGAACCCCAUCAACAUCGCCAUAGUGCGCCUGGUCCUGCUGGAGCGCGAGGAGGAGGACCUGAAGAUCUCCCACCACGCAGACAACACCUUGAAGAGCUUCUGCAAGUGGCAGAAGAGCAUCAACGUGAAGGGAGACUCGCACCCGCUGCACCACGACGUCGCCGUGCUGCUCACCAGGAAGGACAUCUGUGCUGCCAUGAACAGGCCCUGUGAGACCCUGGGGCUGUCCCACGUGGCCGGGAUGUGCCAACCCCACCGCAGCUGCAACAUCAACGAGGACACGGGGCUGCCCCUCGCCUUCACCGUGGCCCACGAGCUGGGACACAGUUUUGGGAUUCAGCAUGAUGGAAGCAGCAAUGACUGCGAGCCAGUUGGGAAAAGACCUUUCAUCAUGUCUCCACAGCUCCUGUAUGACACGUCCCCUCUCACCUGGUCCCGCUGCAGCCGCGAGUACAUCACACGCUUCCUCGACCGGGGCUGGGGGCUGUGCCUGGAUGACCCCCCGGCCCGGGAGCUGCUGGACUUUCCCCUGGUGCCCCCGGGCGUCCUGUACGACGUGGGCCACCAGUGCCGGCUGCAGUACGGCCCCCGCUCCACCUUCUGCGACGACAUGGACAGUGUCUGCAGCACGCUGUGGUGCACGGUGGGGAACACGUGUCACUCCAAGCUGGACGCGGCUGUGGACGGCACGGCCUGCGGGGAGAGCAAGUGGUGCUUCAACGGCGAGUGCGUUCCCGUGGGCUUCCGGCCCGAGCCCAUCGACGGCGGCUGGAGCGCCUGGAGCUCCUGGGCCUCGUGCUCCCGCAGCUGUGGAGCAGGAGUGCAGAGUGCUGAGAGGCACUGCAGCCACCCCACGCCCAAGUACGGGGGCCGGUACUGCCUGGGCGAGCGGAAGCGGUUCCGCAUCUGCAACGUGCGGCGCUGCCCCGCGGACAAGCCCUCCUUCCGCCAGGUCCAGUGCAGCCACUUCAACGCCAUGCUCUACAAAGGGAAGCUCUACAAGUGGACGCCAGUGCCCAACAGCAUGAACCCCUGCGAGCUGCACUGCCGGCCCGAGCACGAGUACUUUGCGGAGAAGCUGCGGGACGCGGUGGUGGACGGGACGCCCUGCUACGACAGCGACGCCAGCCGCGACGUCUGCAUCAACGGCAUCUGCAAGAACGUGGGCUGUGACUACGAGAUCGACUCGCACGCCGUGGAGGAUCGCUGCGGGGUCUGCCACGGGGACGGCUCCACCUGCCACACCGUGCACAAGACCUUCGAGGACAGCGAGGGGCUGGGCUAUGUGGACAUUGGGAUUAUCCCCGUGGGAGCCCGGGAGAUCCGGAUUGAAGAAGUGGCCGAAGCCGGGAAUUUCCUGGCGCUGCGGAGCGAGGACCCAGAGAAAUAUUUCCUGAACGGUGGCUGGACCAUCCAGUGGAACGGGGACUACAGGGUGGCAGGGACCACCUUCACCUACAAGAGGACAGGGAACUGGGAGAACCUCACCUCUCCGGGGCCGACCGUGGAGCCCGUGUGGAUCCAGCUGCUGUUCCAGGAGACCAACCCCGGGGUGAGGUACCAGUACACCAUCCAGCGCCCGGCCGACAGCGAGAAUGAGGUGGAGCAGCCCGAGUUCCUGUGGCGCUUCGGCUCCUGGACCACCUGCACGGCCACCUGCGGGACAGGGGUGCAGCGGCAGCUCGUGCACUGCGUGGAGAGGCUGGCGGGCCUGGUGGAGGAGCGGUUCUGCGACGCGCUCACGCGCCCCGACGACCAGCAGCGCCCCUGCAGCGAGGAGCCCUGCCCCGCCAGGUGGUGGGUGGGUGAGUGGCAGAAGUGCUCGGCCUCGUGUGGCCGGGCAGGGCUGAUGAAGAGGACGGUGCUGUGCAUCCAGAGCGUGGGGCUGGACGAGCAGAGGGCCCUGCAGCCAGCAGACUGCCAGCACCUCGCCAAGCCGGAUGCCACCGCGCCCUGCCACCCUGAGGUGCCCUGCCCCUCCCCGUGGGCUGUGGGCAACUGGUCUGAGUGCUCCGUGACCUGUGGGAACGGGACCCAGCAGCGCCCAGUGCACUGCAGCAGCAGCAGCAGCAGCAGCAGCAGCAGCAGCAGCAGCAGCGGGGCCCCGUGUGACCCUGCCCAGAGACCCAGCCCCGAGAGGCUCUGCUCCUUGCCACCGUGCCACCACAACUGGGACAGCAGCCCCGACUGGUCCGGCAGCGGCUCCUCCAGCACGGAGAUAUUUAAUGAAAUCCAUUACAUCCCCAGCAAUCACAUCCCUAAAUUUAACCCCUCGAUCCCAAACAUCCCCGAGUCCAACGAUGUCAAUGUCAUCACCGAGGAGGACUUCUCAGCCAGGAAAGGAAAUGUCUUUGUUGAUGAUUUUUACUACGAUUAUAACUUUAUCAACUUCCACGAGGAUCUGUCUUACUAUCCCUUCACGGAGAAGGAGAGCAAAGGCGAGGAGCCGAAGCCAGAGCUGAGCCCCGAUGGCACCGAGGGGCCCUGGGAGCUGCCCACCGAGGCCCUGCUCACCACCGGGCUGGGAGGAUGGAGCCAGCAGCAGCCAGGCACCGAGGAGGGACUCACUCCUGCUCCUGUGGCUGGGCGAGACACUGAGCCCGGGGAUUUAGCCACGAACGACCUCCUGAGCGUGGUCCCCGAGGAUGUGGGAUCAGCCACCCCAAGCUACACCACCCCUGCCUUUUUGGGUGAGGAGGAGGAGGGUGCACGUCCCUGCACCGAGGGACCCCUCACCGUGGGCACCCCCAGGGACAUCAACAGAGGAACCCUCACCGUGGGCACCCCCAGAGACACCAACAGAGGAACCCUCACCGUGGGCACCCCCAGAGACACCAACAGAGGAACCCUCACCGUGGGCACCCCCAGAGACAUCAACAGAGGAGCCCUCACCGUGGGCACCCCCAGAGACAUCAACAGAGGAACCCUCACUAGGCUGGAGGAGGAGGAGGAGGAGGAGGAGGCUCUGCUUCCACCAUCGCCCACCGCAGCAGCCCCUGCCAAGCCCAGCUGGGAGGUUGGGAACUGGAGUGAGUGCUCGGCCACGUGCGGCCUGGGCGCGGUGUGGCGGCCGGUGCGCUGCAGCAGCGGCAGCGACGGCGGCUGUCCCGCGGCCGACAGACCCGUGCCCGCCCGGCGCUGCUCCCUCAGACCCUGCUCGGCCUGGCGUGUGGGCAACUGGAGCAAGUGCUCCAGGAGCUGCGGCGGGGGCACCAAGGUGCGGGACGUUCACUGCGUGGACACCAGGGACCAGCGGCUGCUGCGGCCGUUCCACUGCCAGGCGGGGCUGGCGCAGCCCCCGGCGCAGCUGCCGUGCCACAGCGCGCCCUGCCUGGCCUGGUACACGUCCUCCUGGAGAGAGUGCUCGGAGCCGUGCGGCGGCGGGGAGCAGGCUCGCCUGGUGACGUGCCCGGAGCCGGGGCGCUGCGAGGAGACGCUGAGGCCCAACAGCACCCGGCCCUGCAACAGCCAGCCCUGCACCGCCUGGCUGGUGGGCUCCUGGGGACAGUGCUCGGCGCCCUGCGGAGGGGGCAUCCAGCGGCGCCAGGUGCGGUGCGUGGACACCCGCAGCGGCGUGCCCGAGGAGGACAGCAGCCUGUGCGGCCACCAGCCCUGGCCAGAGAGCACCCAGAAGUGCAACCCGCAGGACUGCGACGGCUCCCAGCCAGGUGCCCCCUGCGAGCGCGACCGCCUGAGCUUCGCCUUCUGCCGGACGCUGCGGCUGCUGGGCCGGUGCCCGCUGCCCACCGUGCGCGCCCAGUGCUGCCGCAGCUGCCGCCGGCCCAGGCUGCCAGCCGUGCCCGGCCGCGCCCGCGGGCACCGGCGCCCGGCCCGCAGCUGA